CCCACAUCCACCAACGCAGGCCCGAUCACCUCGGCUCCUGCCCCCACAUUAUCGAUCGGGCCGAACGCAACACCGUCAUCACCGACUUCUCGAACAAUGAAGGUAGCUGUCAUUGGAGGAGGCCCAGGAGGUUUGGUAACCCUCAAGACAUUGCUCUCAAGAGACAUUGAUGCCGUUUUGUUCGAAGCUGAAGAUAAGAUUGGUGGCACCUUUCGGUAUCGGUCGUACGAGAAUGCGGAGUUGGUUUCGUCGAAGCAGUUGACAUGUUUCUCUGACUUCCGUAUGCCUAGGGAUCAGGGGGAUCAUGUUACGUUGCCGGAGUACGUCGCCUACCUCGAAGACUACUGUCGACAUUUCGAUCUUUACAAGCACAUCAAGCUCUCCACCCGCGUAAUCUCCAUAUCUCCCAACGAGUCUGGCGAAGGUCAUUUUGUAACCUCGCAGUCGAACAAUGCUCACGAAAUCUCGGAGCAUUUCCACGCCAUCGCAAUCUGCACCGGUCUCCACGUAACCCCCUCUAUCCCCUCCAUCCCUGGAAUCGAACACGUACCCCAACACUUCCACUCCUCCCACUACAAAUCCCGCACCCAAAUCGCUAACAAAAACGUUCUCGUAUUGGGCUGCGGCGAAACAGCUAUGGACAUCGCCUACGAAGCAAUCAAAGCCGACUGUCCGCAAGUCGUCCUAGCUCAUCGUGGGGGGUGGUUGAGUUUCCCGAAAGCGUUGAGUGCGUUUAGGGUGUUUGGGAAAGCGUUUAAGGGACGGUUGCCGAUUGAUGGGUUGAUUACGAAUUUGUUUGAGACGGCUUACGUGCACUCCUCGAUCAGGACAUCGCAUCUUCGGUGGUUUGUGUCUGACUUCGUGAUCAAGCGUGUCCUGUGGUUCCUCACUGGAACUUCAGUUGGAUGUAACCAGUGGGUAGGAGAACUCCCACCCGAACGGCUAGGACGAGCCUACGUCUUCCUCAACAAAAGCACAAAAGCUAUGCCAUACAUCAACCGUCCCUGGACGACCUCACGAGGCUGCAUGUCAAAAGUGACAGAAUACACGGACCCACCCGAAGACGCAUCAAGCGACAAAAUCAUCGAAGUCGCACCCUGGCCCGAACGAAUUAGCCCAGACGGUACCCUCAUCUUCACUCCCUCACCCCGAAAAGAAUACUCACGGAUCAAGAAUGUCGUCGUGAAGCCAGACGUGGUAGUUUUCUGCACCGGCUACACCCAAAACCUAACUUGGCUCCACCCAUCCUAUCCCCUCCCAUCCCACGCCUCCUGCCGAAACAUCCUCCACCCCUCCCACUCAAGCCUCGCCUACAUCGGCUUCGUUCGGCCCGGUGUCGGCGCGAUUCCCCCAAUUGCGGAGAUGCAAGCGAUGUGGUGGACGUCGAUGCUGUUAGGGCGAGCGCAAGUGCCGCAGGAGGAGGAGUGGGGUGAUUAUUUGUUGUUGGCGAGGGAGGAGGCGAGGGUGAAGUAUGGAGUCGAUCAUAGUGCGUAUAUGAGUACGUUGGCGAGGGAUAUUGGGGCUGCGCCGGGGUUGUGGGAACUAUGGCAUGCUCACGGGGUGCAUGUGCUCCUAACAUAUUGUUUCGGUGCAGCGUUCACCACCUUGUAUCGACUUGUGGGACCGUGGGCACACUCUGACGCGGCGCAGAUUACGAAGGGGGAGUUGUGGGAGACGAUUAGGAGGAGGGGUUUUAUUGGGAAUAUGAUGUGGGGAGUGAUUCCUAUGAUGUUUUAUGGGAUUUUGAAUGGGGUUGCGUUGUUAGUGGAAAUGGUGGGACGGGUGUGGAGGGCCGUGAGAGGGGAAAUGGAUGCUGGGGUGGGGUCUUUGACGAAAUAGGCGACGAACGGCGAGUCAGGAACUGAUAUGAGCAAGAUCAAUCCAACGGAUGAAACCCAGG